AUGGUACUUCCUUUUAAGGUUUACAUAGUCUAUUUAGGGCACAAUCAGAAUAAAGCUCCUGAUCUCACUUCAAAACAUCAUCUCCAACUUCUUAGCACUGUGUUUACAAGCAAAAAAGACGCGAAGCAAGCCAUGCUGUAUAGCUACAAGCAUGGAUUCUCAGGUUUUUCAGCAACACUAAAUUCAACACAAGCACAGGUCCUAUCAAAUACAAAGGGAGUGAUAUCAAUUUUCAAAAGCAAGACAGUACAUUUGCAUACGACCAGGAGCUGGGAUUUUCUUGGUCUUAGCAUGGACUACAGUACUGAAAAGGCAACUCCAAUGUGGCAGCAAGCCUAUGGUGGUGACGUAAUCGUUGGAGUUUUUGAUACAGGUAUAUGGGCAGAGUCACAUAGUUUCCGGGAAGAACCAGGGAUGGGACCUGUUCCUGCAUCGUGGAAAGGUAAAUGUGUAUCCGGCGAGCACUUCGACCCGGCCACAGCUUGUAACCGCAAGCUCAUCGGGGCAACCUACUACCUCGGAGGAUUCGAGCGCCGUUAUGGGAAAUUGAACAAGACCCGCAACCUGGAAUACGAAUCCCCUCUGGACGCGGUUGGCCACGGCACCCACGUAGCUUCCACCGCAGUGGGGUCGGUGGUGAAAAACGCCAGCUUCUUGGGUGGUUUUGGACAGGGAACGGGGAGGGGUGGCGCCCCCAGGGCGCGGCUGGCCGUCUACAAAGUCUGCUGGAACGUGAAUUUGGAGGGGAGAUGCACAGAAGCGGAUAUUAUGGCGGCCUUCGACAAGGCAUUGCACGAUGGGGUGAACGUGAUAUCGGGAUCGUUCGGGCUAAGGCCACCCCUGAGAGCCUUCUUCGCAACGGCGGCUUCAAUCGGAUCCUUCCACGCCAUGCAAAUGGGAGUGAGCGUGGUGUUCUCGGCGGGCAACAGCGGUCCGGACCCGUCUCUGGUGGAGAACGUGUUCCCCUGGUCCAUCUCCGUAGCUGCUUCAACUAUUGAUCGAAGUUUUCCAACUCGGAUUGUUUUGGACUGCGCACUUUCUUUUCUGGGUGAAGGCUUCGUGGCCCAUCCAAUAACAGCAAUAUUGUCCAACGCCAGCAAUUAUUUUUCCAGUGGGGUUUGCAGAACAGAGAGCGUUAAAAAUGUAACAGCAAAAGCAGAUGGAAAGAUAAUCCUAUGCUUCUCGAGCGUGGGAUCAGUAAGGAGGGAAGAGGCGGAGGCAGCAGCAAGAAAUAGAAGUGCAGCAGGGCUCAUCUUUGUGGAGCCUUUGAGUAGGCCGUUCCCUGAUAUUACCAUUCUCCCUCUGCUGCUCCUUGACAUCAUUCAAGGCACCAAAAUGGCUCAAUAUCUGUCUCGUCGUCCUCCCACAAUACAGAUAUUUCCCAGUAAAACGGUUCUGAAAAGGGCUCCAGCACCCAUAGUCGCGGACUUCUCUUCUAGAGGGCCAAGUUCUAUCUCCCCUGAUUUUCUCAAGCCAGACAUAAGCGCUCCAGGAAUCAACAUAUUGGCAGCAUGGCCUCCAAUGUCUCCUCCAACUCCGACUCUAGAUGACCGGCGUUCCGUUGAUUGGAAUUUCCAAUCUGGGACUUCUAUGUCAUGUCCUCACGUGUCAGGUGUUGUUGCUCUUCUUAAAUCUGCUCAUCCUGACUGGUCUCCUGCUGCAAUUCGAUCUGCUCUCAUGACUACUGCAUACACCACUGACACAUCAAAUGAUCAAAUUCUUGCCGUUGGAUCAAUCAAAGCAUCUGAUCCUUUCGACAUUGGUGCUGGCCACAUAAAUCCACUCAGAGCAAUGGACCCGGGGCUGGUUUACGAAAUGAAGCCAGAAGACUACCUCGUCUUUCUUUGUAACAUUGGCUACACCGAGGAUCAGAUCAGGAGCUUGGUUCUUCAUGACAUGAAUCGUACAAAGACAUUCUGCUUCCCCAGUUCCAGUAGAACAAGCAAUGCCAACCUAAACUACCCAUCCAUCACAGUUCUGAAUCUACAGAGGACCACCACGAUUACAAGGAAAGUCCGUAACGUGGGUGGUUGGGGGAAGAUAGCAGUUUACUUUGUGAGGGUGGUGAAUCCUCAGGGGGUGGAUGUGGUGGUGUGGCCUAAGCUCUUGAUUUUCUCACCUUUUAAGCAAGAACGUACAUUUUAUGUCACCCUCAUACCCAACAAGAUAUCCCAAGGCAGAUUUGAUUUCGGGGAGAUUGUUUGGUCCGACGGAUUUCAUCACGUUAGGAGCCCGCUGGUUGUCCUUGUUAACACUGCUACCACCGCAGCUACUGCUACGAUGGAUACUGCUGUUGGAGGCCAUGGAUUUCAAGCUAUUGCCAACAUUUAG